GAAAGCGAACUCUGACUGGGUGAAGGCAUUUUUCCAUGACAACCACGAGCUGCUAGAGUUCUACCGAAACCAGUGUUUUGAACAUUUGCCAAACUUGUUUCGAGGCAUGAUCGCUGUUUUGAAUGAGAAUUUCAAACAACCAGAAGGAAACCAUAUUUUACAGAUGAUAUUAUCCUGUGCCUUGGAUGAGGAGACCCAGAACGUCAAGGCUGUUUUACAGUUUGGUUAUAACGCAGAAGACUUCAUGAUUCUGAAUUUAGACAAUCUGACAUGGGUUGCGCUACAACCACAAGCUAUCUCAAUUAAAGUUGCGUGGAACGCUGAUAUUGCUGGACUAAUGUUCCAUAGGAAGCUUCUCACCCAGAUGUGCCCCCAGUGGCUUAAAGGAUCAUUGGACAUAAUGAAGAGCAUUCCACCAAGAACGGAUCAUCCCUCCUUGUCUCUGCUGCAAAGAUUGCCUUUUUCUCCAGUCAGCUGCCACGCUACAGGUUUCUAUCCAAACAGAGCCCUUUUGUUUUGGAGGAAAGAUGGGGAAGAGAUUCAUGAGAAUGUGGAUCAUGGAGAGAUCCUUCCAAACAAUGAUGGGACCUUCCAGAUGAGGGUUUACCUGAACAUUUCCUCAAUCAGUCCUGAAGACUGGAGGAGGUACGACUGUGUGUUUCAGCUUAUUGCCAAAGAGGAAAAAAUCAUUAAAUUGGAUGAAGCAAGUAUUAGAACCAACAGAGAGAGGACCAGUAACAUAACCAUCCCCAUCAUGGCUACUGUGAUUACUUUUGUUCUGCUUUCCAUUGCUGCUGCUGCCGGAUAUGUGCUCUAUAAAAGGAACACAGCUCAUGGCACUGGCUUUGAAGUGAUUUCAGUGACCUGAUAAACAAUCCAUUAACUGAUGUUUGAAUUCAUUAUAAUUUCUUUCUAUGAAGUGUUGAAUUGUUUUUCACAUACGAAUGAGUAAGUGAACCCAAAUUUGUACGUUUGCCCAAGCCUAUUUAUUUAUCAAACAAUAGAACCAGUUCAAGUCAAACUUGUUUGAUCCAAUUGAACUAAAUCACUUCUUAUAAACUAAUACUCCAUAUAUUUGUUGCUAAAGGGAGAAAAAAACAACAACCUUUGUCUUUGGAAAAUGUAUUUUUAAAGCAAGUUUCUACAUUCAGGGUUGAAUUUGGUGUCAGAUACGAUGUCAGCUUCUCAAAAGUGUAGUGGUGUUUCUUAGUCCCUACCUGGCACUGUGCGUUUUUUUAAUAGCUCAAGUUGAGCUGAUCUUUUCGUCUAUCAAAUGUUGAUGGUGUUGUUUCAUUUAAACAAUAUUAUCAUUUGUGGAAAUAAAUAUUUUUA